UGAUAGUGGGGGAAGGGAGGGGCCUAACUGCAAAUCCUCCUCUGCUCUGCUCUGCUCCGCUAGCUGUCUGUCGCUGCCGAGCUGAGCUUCUUCCUUCCCCCACCGCAACAGCAGCCGCAGCCGACGGAAGGCAACCACCGCACCGCAGCGAGGAGCCCCUUCGCUUCCCUUCCCUUCCUUUGGUCCCGGAUCGAUCUGGCGCAGCGAGGGCCUGCCGGGAAUCGAUCGACCAGGACCAGGAGGGAGCGGUGAAUUAGAUUGAAUUCAAGAAAGAAAGAAAGGGCAGGCCAAGCCGGGGGUGGAGGCGGCGAUGAGCGCUUCUCGGUUCAUCAAGUGCGUGACGGUGGGGGACGGUGCCGUCGGCAAGACUUGCCUCCUCAUCUCCUACACAUCCAACACCUUCCCCACCGACUAUGUCCCAACAGUCUUCGACAACUUCAGCGCUAACGUUGUGGUUGACGGGAGCACCGUCAACCUCGGAUUAUGGGAUACUGCAGGACAAGAGGACUAUAAUAGACUACGCCCACUGAGCUACCGAGGUGCCGAUGUCUUCCUGCUCGCCUUUUCUCUUAUCAGCAAAGCAAGCUACGAGAAUGUCACUAAGAAGUGGAUCCCUGAGCUACGGCACUAUGCUCCUGGUGUGCCCAUAAUUCUUGUCGGGACAAAGCUUGAUCUGCGGGAUGACCAGCAGUUUUUCGUGGAUCACCCUGGGGCUGUUCCUAUUUCCACCGCUCAGGGUGAAGAGCUGAAGAAGGUAAUUGGCGCGACGGCCUACAUCGAGUGCAGCUCAAAAACACAGCAGAACAUCAAGGCGGUGUUUGAUGCGGCGAUCAAGGUGGUUCUCCAGCCUCCGAAGCAGAAGCGGAAGAAGAGGAAGUCGCAGAAAGGAUGCAGCAUCUUGUAAACUAGCUCAAAAAUGGUAGAGUGAGCUGAGGAGCAGCCCUUUGUUUUGCAGUGUCUCGCUUCGAUCAAAGGGAUCAUAAUUGCCUCGCCUCGCCUCUCCUUGUUGUAUAAUUUAGUUUGGCUUGAUAAGGAAUAUAUGUAGGAUUGACAUAAUUUUUACUAAGUUGCAGCAGCAGCUCAUGAUGAACUUGGGUAGUGUGCUAUAUAUACACGAUGAACAUGGACUGCUCAAUCCAAUCCUAGUACUUACUGAAA